UGUGCCCUUGUGCUAUCAGCGGCGCAGUGAAUGACGGGCUUCUUGCUCGGGUUGGGGAUCUCAGGCUUGCACGUAUAUAUACAUUGUAAAGGUCCGUUUAUUCACGUUUAGGGGAAAAAUGAUGGCAGCAAGGCUUCUCCUUCGCCGUGCAGCCCCUGCACUGAGACAAGUGCGGGGUUACGCCGAAGCAGUCACUUCUGCAACCCAGAUGUCCUUCACUUUCGCCUCGCCGACUGAGGUGUUCUUCAAGGCAGCCAGCGUAAAGCAGGUCGAUGUCCCCACGAUGACCGGCGCUUUCGGGAUCCUUCCAGCCCACGUCCCCACGCUGCAAGUGCUGCGGCCUGGGGUGGUUACCGUCUUCAGUGAGGACGGGUCUUCAUCUAAGUAUUUUGUGAGUAGUGGCUCAAUCACUGUCAAUGCAGACUCAUCAGUGCAGCUGCUUGCUGAAGAGGCCGUUCCUUUGGAAAGCCUGGACCUUGCUGCAGCGAAAGCUAACCUGGAGAAAGCCCAGGCAGAGCUGCUCAGCACUUCAGACGAGGCAUCCAAGGCAGAGGUCCAGAUCAGCAUAGAGGCCAACGAGGCCAUCGUCAAAGCUCUGGAAUAACGCUGCUGUGGGCUUGCAGGUUGGAAGUUGAUGUGGGGGAAAAAAAGCCCAUCUUUAUCGAUUUCCCCAUCACAAGUGACAUCAGUAACUGCAAGUCAAGCUGAUUACUUUGUACAGUGGAUGAAUUUACCAAUAAAUGUGUUUGGAAUUAA